AUGUUUCAAUGGUCAUGGUUUACAGCAGGCUUUACAGAUCCAGGUCGUGUUGAAGAUUCUCUCAAAAGAAAAGGCGUUUUAAAGCAAAUUAAACAAGGAGAUAUACCAUUUUGUUUACAAGCUUGCAAAAUAUGCCCACACUGCCAAAUUCCUGUUCCAGCUAGAUCAUAUCACUGUUCGAUGUGCGAAACUUGCGUUUUACGUCAAGACCAUCAUUGUGGAGUGAUUGGUUCAUGUGUUGGCGAUAGGAACUUCAAACCUUUCAUACUGUCAUUCUUUUAUUCAGGAAUUUUCGGAAUUUUUGUUGGAAUUUCAGGAACUUGGUCGAUUGUAGCAACAGGAAUAAAUGUAAUUACGUUGAUUGUAUCUAUAUACGGAUUUAUAUUAGGUUGCAUUCUAAUUGGCUUCGGAUCUAGCUUUGCUUAUCAAUCUUUUGAAACUUUCAGUCAUACUCACCAAAAAGCUUCGAUUACAUGGAAGAGAGGUGUGCAUUUGCUGCUUGAAACAUUUGGACCUACUUGGAAAGAAAGAUUAUUACCAAACUAUUUAUACGAGACAGAAUUUGCUUGGCCAGAUAUUGAAUGGACUGUAGGAACUCCCCUCCUUUAA